AUGGAGAAACUUGUCCGUGCCAGUAUGAACUACACUAUCUUUGGCUUGGCCUCUGGUGUGUACUGGCGCGAGCUCACGAGGCACCUCAAGUAUGUGAGCAACGGCACCUCGCAGCUUCGUGUCAUGCACACCCACUGCUUCGCCCUCGGCAGCUUUUUUUUCCUGUUUGUUCUUUUGCUGGAGAAGUCCUUUGCCCUCACUAAGCAGAAGAACUACAAGAAGUUCUACGUUACAUACAAUAUCGGUCUCGGCAUUACGCUCAUGAUGAUGAUGAUCCACGGCACCCUGACCGUCGUGGGAAAGGAUCAGAAUAGCCGUCUCAUCUCGUGGACCGCCGGAGUGGGCCACAUCUUCAUGAGCGUCGGCUUUGGUUACUUCUAUAACGUCCUCAUGGGUGCUGUACGUGCAUCGAGUGUCAAGGCGAACAAGACGGUGACGGCAAGCGCGUGA